AUGGCAGCAAAUCUCACUUUAUCCCCCGAAGAAGCGCGGGAUCGCAUCGCCAUCCGCAAAGUCAUCGAUCGUUAUGCCCACUGCGCCGAUCACCGUCUAGCAGACGAGCAAAUGUCGCUCUUCACUGAGGAUACGAACUUUGUCGUGUACAUGCAAGGGGAAGGUACGGAGCCCUCGCAGGUGGUCUCGAAAAGAGAAGACUUGAGACCCGUCUUUGAGUUCCUCCUCGGAUAUAGCCGCACGACGCACUUCAACGGACAGAGCAUUAUCGACAUCGGACCGGACGGCAAGACCGCCACGGGAGAAACUUAUUGCAUGGCAUAUCAUUUGUCUGAAAAGGACGGCCAGCGACAGAUGUAUAUUGGCAGUUUGCGGUAUGAGGACACUCUGACGAAAGGAGAUGAUGGGACUUGGUUGUUUUCUGAGCGGAAGUUGUAUCUUGACUGGUCGGAGACGAGGCCGUCCAACCCAUAG